AUGCUGCUGCGAUUCUACCAAAAACUACGAGGUCGAGAUGAUUCCGAUCCCUGUCUUUAUAUUUUUCCCUUUUCUCUCCAUUCGAUUAUGGUUCAGUUUACAAUUGCAUUGGCACUGCGAAACAAAUCCCAAUCAUCUCGAGAAUUAGGUAGAAUUAAAUAUCGCCUAGUAAACCUUCAUCGGAAUGAAAAUUUAAGCGAGGACUAUCUUGUGCACGUAAAUCCAAGAGGGAAGGUAAGGUCGAAGGGAAUAGAUACAGUGCCAGCCUUAACCGCCAAGUCAAUUCCGGCGCCUCUGACAGAUAGCUUAUCCAUCUCAUAUUGGGUCUGCGAGCAACAUCCAAGCUUGAUCCCGGAAACCCAUCGAACAACCAUACAACGCCUACUGUCCCAGCUUCACCGCAUUCAAGCAGACAAUAACCCAAAUCCGGCAGUAGAUGACAUUCUGGCUCGUACUGAUAUCUCCCUUGAGCAUCGCCGCGCUCUAGAGCAUAAACGAUACUGCGACAGAAAGCAAAUAGAGCCCGACUUUGAUAAUGCACACGAAGAGGGUAUGACGGACCAAGCGAGACACCUAUUUUGUGAGGUUGUAGUUGAAUUCCAAAAAGUCAAUCACAGCGGGGUGUGGAUAUUUGGGGAUGAAACGGGCCCGACGGUGCUGGAUGCGCAUAUUGUGGCAUUUAUAGCGAGGCUUAUUGACAUCCACCUUGAAGAUUUGGUCCCUCCCCAGUUGCAUACCUAUGCAAAAGCGAUCAUGGAAUUACCGGAAUGGGAGGCGGUCAUGCAAGGGAUGCCAACAGUCUGGAAUCCUUCUCUGGGCCCGAUAAAUCAGCUUUAA